AUGCUCGCUCCUGCCGCUUUCCCCGCUCUUUUCUUCACCGCCUCCGGCUUCAUACUGCUCCUCCUCGUCACCCUCUCUGUCCCAUACACCAAGACCAUCUACCUCUUGUCCAUCACCGGUCCCGGCGCAUCAGGCAACGUCCGCCUUGGCGUCUUUGGCGCCUGCUACGAGGGUGGGAAUGCCGAAUUCCUCGGUUACUCAUAUUCCGGCUUCUCCCGCUGCACACCCGCUACGGUAGGCUACGACCUCGACGCCCGGUUCUUCGGGACAGGCAGCAACGCAAACGGCGCUCAGGUAGUCGCCAAGACUUUGGCGGGCGCGUUGGUCCUCAACCCAAUCGCGGCCGGAUUUGCGGGCAUCAGCUUCAUCUUUGCCCUGCUCGCUUGGCUGGCUUCCAGCCGCGUGGCUGAAAUCCUCUGCUUCCUCACACUCUUCUUUACGUCCCUGGCAGCAUGGGUCGCAUUCGCCCUAGACAUCUCGAUCGCCCUCGUCGCUCGCAAGAGGGUCGAGGACUAUACUCGAGACGUCUUUGAUGCCAGGCUCGGGGCGGGCGUGUGGCUUGCUCUCGCCGCUGCUAUCUUGCUUACCCUCGCUAUCUGCGCAGCGGGGUGCGGCUCAUUCGGCCGAUACUCGGAAAAGUACAGGUCGAGCCAUGACGCCUCGCCAGGGAUGACUGUGGUUGGUGAGAAGCCCAAGAGGAGGUUCCCCUGGCAAAGCAAGACGACGUAUCGAGGGACCUACUAG